AGGGACGGGCGUUUCCGGUUCCGGGUCAGCGGCUGCGGCCGGAGCAGGGGGGCCGCGGCUGUUGGUGCAGUGCCGGGGCGGCGCGGAGCGGCACGGGGACGGCCCGCCGCAGGCCAAGACCCGCAGCAGCGUCUUCCUCCCAGAGUUGGGUGGGGGGGGACUGGGGAUGUCCCCUCACUGAGGACAACGCCAUCCCCUCCCGCCCGCUGCCGCUGCCCCCCCCACAGCCAGGGGGCGACCUUGGAGGACUGCAGCCAUCGGGCACCCCGAUCCCGUGAUGUCGGCGAAGUGGAGGGUACUGGGCAAGGCCGGCCAAAAAAAAAUGAUUAACUGAAACCAAAGUUAUAUAAAUCCCGGCUUUCUAACGGUAAAAUCCUUCCCUGGGAGAGCGUUAAGGCCAAAGGAUUGUUACAAUCCCUUUGUCGAGGACAGACAGACAGACCCAAGAUGGCUCAGGCGAGCCUGCUGGCAUGCGAGGGGCUCUCCGGUGUCUGCCUAGUGCCCACGGUGGCCAGCAAGAAGAUGAUGCCGAAGCAGAGCUCGAAGCAGGCGGAGGGCAGGGAGCGGGGCAGCAGCCCUGAUGUGCUGGCCAAGGCACUGCGUCAGGAUGGGGAGAAAUCCCGCAGCCGAAAGGAGGAGGAGACGGCGGAGGCGUCACAGCCCAAAAAGUCCAUUAAAAAGGUGGUGGUGAUCAAGCAGAACUGCUCCUUCCAGCUGAGGAUCCACAAGAACUUCAUCUGUGAGCAGUGCUGCGGGGCGUUCCGCAGCAGUUACCACCUCAAGAGGCACAUCCUCAUCCACACCGGUAAGGGGAGCCCCCGGGUCAUCCUCGGUGGGGUGGGGGCACCCCAAAAUGAUCCCCUAUGCUCGGGGGGCAGCAGCACAGCACCUGCUGCUUGGGGGCACCCCAGGUCAUCUGCAGCAGUGAGGGACACCCUGAAAUAUCUGAGAGGAGCAGGGAGCACCCAAAAGUACCCCCAGUGGUGAGAGGCACCAUCUGCUGUGGUCAAUGAGUACCCUGUGGUGAGGGGGUGCCUAAAAGCACAACCUUGUUGGGGUAAAGGGCACCCAAAGAGAUGCCUGCAGUGGUGAUGGGCUUCCCAAAAGCACCAGCUGGAAUCCCGCAGUCGCUCUCAUUGCGCUGAAACCUCCACACUGCUCUGGGUGCCCGAAACGUGCUCUCUCUGGGGGUGAUGUGUUCCCUGAGCCACCCAGAUGGGGCAGCCCAGAAAACCCCCUCACGUUGCUGCAGGCCACUCAAUACCCAGCUCUGUGCCACCUUAAUUACGUCCCGCAGCUCAUUAGGGGGUGGAGGAGCCUGAGUAGGAGCAGCAGAGCUCCCAGCAGGGGGAGAUGUGGGGCGGGGGGACGCGGGGUGACACGGGAUGUGAGGCAGUGACAGAACACGGGAUAUGGGGUGGGGAAGGGAAACUGGGGAGGUGGAGCAGCAGGGCAUGUGGGGCAGGUAUGGGGACGGGGCACGGGGCCACGGGCUGCUCCUGGUGACGCCGUCCCCGUGCUCCCCCAGGUGAGAAGCCUUUUGGGUGCGACCAGUGCAGCAUGAAGUUCAUCCAGAAGUACCACAUGGAAAGACACAAGAGGACGCAUAGCGGAGAAAAGCCAUACCAGUGUGAGCGCUGCAUGCAGAGCUUCUCCCGCACAGACCGGCUGCUGCGACACAAACGCAUGUGCCAAGGCUGCCAGACCAAAGGCCCCGAGGCGCAGCUGCUGCUGUAGGGCCGAGUGCUGGGAGGUGGCCGUGUCCCCCCACGCCGCCCCCGGACUUCCCGACCAGGUCCCGACACUGUACAUAGGAGGCUGAGGAUGAGCUGGAACCUUUCUCCCGUGCAGCGGCAGCAGUGGGGGAGGCUCUGCCCACCCCCUGCCUCCAGACCCCCUCAGCCCCUUCCCACCGCCGCCAUUGCCUCGGGGUCGGCUCUGAGCACCUCCAGAGCGGCCCUCAGCCCGCAGGAAGGACGUGGGGUGGGGUGGAGCCCCCCCCUUCCACCCAACCCCCCCCAUUUGGCAAGAAAAGA